GGUGUGCUGUGUGUGUUGCCGAGUUCUCCGGAAUAGCGACCAGGAUCAAAGCGUGUUAAUCGUGCUCGUGCUGAAAUUUUGUGUUCACAACCCUUUUGCCAUAAAACAGAGCCGGCUGCGUGUGUUGUUGAGCGUGUCAGAAUCGAUUGCGAAGGCUGCACCCGUUGCCAUGGCAACCGGAACGGUGUCCGAUCAGCGUAAGCUGAUGGAGAUCCUGCUCGAGACAGAGCGUGUUGCUGACCGCAUCCUGACCUACAAGCAGGAACUGGUGCAACUGGAUAAACGGCGCCAGGAUACGCGCGAAGCUCUUCGUUUAAUCGAAAAGCAUUUUCCCCAAGAGCCGGCAAGAUCGGCGAACCACAAGCAGCAGCGUAUCUGGAUAACGAUCGGAUCCAUGUUGGUGAAGCAAGAUCGGCAGACUGCGAUCGAGCUGUUGCGCAAGGAUCAACAAACAACAGAAGCGGAAAUCGAACGCAUACGAAAUGAGCAAAAGCUGCUCGUCGCGAAGCAGCGCGAUCUCGAACAUGAACAGCCGCUUCGAGGGUUUAAUUUGAAGCCACUGAGUUCGGCCGAAAUUGCUGGCAUUCGUUCUAAUCUCCCCGGUUUCUAAUGUUUGAUUGGCAGUUGAAGCUUCUAGGGUUAGGGUCGUAUUCAG